CUACCAUGGCCACCUACCAUAUUUUCCUGUCUCGUUUCUCCAAUCGUCUCUUCCUGUAGCUCCUCCAGAUACCCAGUUAACAAUGUGUCCAGUAAACUCUGGGAUGAGAGAGAUUUUGUUGUAACAAACAGCGAACAAAGCUUUUCCAUUCAAGCCAUAACAAAGUCCAGUGCGUUUGUGACCAUUACAUUUUACUUUCGUGGCAAGUAUAUGGUUUGUACCAACUUUCCAACGAUCAAAAAGACAGUGGUUGACGUUGUUGUCGAAUGCAUUGCCAUCAUCCUGAGCUUCAUUAAAAAUCAGCAGGCAGUUGCAUAUAAUUGAUAUCAAAAGCGAAAGACGUACAGCCUGCAUCAUGGACGGUUGCUCCGAGUUGCAGUAAAUUAAUCUGAAAAAAACCCGCAUUUUACUGCAUAAAUGACAAAAUGUAAAAUGUGCGUGUUUUUGUCGAAGAAAGAAUGUCAAUGGUAUGAAUGAGCUAGGUUUUAUAUUGUUUUUAUAUCUCCAUUCUUGCAAAAAUCAAUCAUCGAAUAAUUUUUUUAAAUUUGAUUUUCAGUUCUUAUUAUGGGCAAAUUCAGUGAUUAUGGUUUAUUUUUAACAAAAGUGAUAAUUGAUUUCUGGAGAAUUCUUACCUAAAAGUGGGGAGCAGGAGUGCAUGCUUUAUCAGAUAUAAAACACCGCGAGAGCGCAGUUCGAGCGCUUUAUACUAAUAAAGUCUAGUAAAGCAUGCACGGACUGCGAAUGUUUUAAAUGGCUUAAAAAACGACUCAUCUGAUGAGUUAAUUAGCGAAGUAAUUUUAAAACUAAACUGACGUUGUCUAUAAUCCGAGAAAAACAAAGUUAAAAUUUAUGUAAAUGAACAUAUUUUUAUCACAUGCACCGACACAGAAGUGAACAUAUUUCGUUUGUAUUUUCCUCAUACAUGCAUGCAUUAUAUUUAAUGUUUUUUAAAAAAAUAUAAUAUAAUAUGCAACCCUUAUACCGUACAUAGAACGUGUUAUAUCUGUAUCAACUAUACAGUUGCUAUAUAUAUAUAGUCUUGAGAUAUUCGCGGUUGCUAUACUGGCCAAAGUAAACAAAAUAUGAAAACAAAACUGCCGAAAAAUGAAAACAUCUUGAAAACAUUAAGGUCUAUAUAUAUAUAUAUAUAUAUAUAUAUAUAUAUAUAUAUAUAUAUAUAUAUAUAUAUAUAUAUAUAUAUAUAUAUAUAUAUAUAUAUAUAUAUAUAUAUAUAUAUAUAUAUAUAUAUAUAUAUAUAUAUUUUUGUUUUAUAGUUUGCAUUGUUUAUAUAUGCGUAAAUUGUCGGCAGGUUCUGGCUUUACCAUAGUAAGUAACUGUAAGUAGCUACAGUCAUCUUGGGUGUUAGAGGAAUGAAGUAGCCUUGUUAUAUUAAAGUACUUAUAGUAUAUAUCAUCUGUAACUACAGUAUAUCACAAAAAUAUGCACGGUAAUCCCUAAUACUACUUAAUUAAUGAAAACAUAUUAUCAUGCAUGUAUAGCAGAUUAUGAACACGGGAAAUAGAAUAAAUAGUAAGACAAAUAAAAUCUCUAAACAAGGAAGUGGAAGGCCGACCUCCAAAAAUUCAAAUAAUUUCAACGCUUUAUAUUUCUGCCAAUUUUACUUUAUUUGUAAACUAAGAUGGUUUAGUUUAUCGAGUUAACUUUCCAAAUAUAACUCGGCCUCAUUUUCUAAUUAUUAAUUGGCCCAGUGCAUACGGCAAACGUAGCCAAACUAUGGAUGUUAAAGGCCUAGAAAGUAGAAACCUGCUGUGUGUUUGAUUGAUAUAGUUAACACUUCCUGCAUUUGACGAUCCGAGACGUACGGCUUCACAGAAUCAUUUGUGUCACCUGCACCUAUGUUAUUGGUAGAACCCCUAAACGUUAAAGUGAAAUGAAUGAAUUAAUGAAUGAAUGAAUAAAAUGUAUUGUGCUAUCGAUAGAAUAGUGAACACGUACUCAAUCCUACUUCUAAAUCUAUAAACUGAUUACAAUUAAAACAUCAAUUUGAAAGAGGAGUCGUAAACUGAUUAGUCUGACUCACCUGACUGUAUUAACGUCAAAGUAAAUUCUUUUAUUUUCGAGUCUCUGUCUUCUUCCAAGGUCUAGCUCGCGCGAUGAGAAUUUGAACUGAUUUGACGGCUUAACAUCCUCAUAUACAGUAUAUAUAGCUGAUUUAAUUAAAGCCCAAAUAUUUAUGUAUGCAUGUUAGGCAUUGGUUAUGUUAUGCUAAUUCGGUAAUGUAGCGAAACAUUUAUGUCGCUUUCUCGAGGGUGUCAGUUUAUGUCGUGUGUUAAAAGUCGUGUGUCGCGGGUAAAAUCGGAGGUUGUAACUGAUGCACUAAAAACGCACAUUUUCACGAAAAUAUUAUUUUUAUACUUACUGAAGUAUCGCUUUUACAAAACUUUUAUUUUCGAGUUAUAUAUGCAUGAAAGCGAAAUAAAGAACAAUUUAGUGUAACAAGUCUUCAGUAGUGCAAUUAAUUAAAUGCUUGGUGUUUCUUGUUUAAUAAUUAAACGGUUUUCAGUGUUAAACAGGAAAGAAAACACCUACAACUUUACACAUGUUUUCGUUUUGUAAACGUAUUGUUUAAGGAUACGUAGAACAUUUGGUUAUAAAACCCCAUGCAGGUGCCGAGAUCGCUUUCAACUCCUUAGUAAGAUUGAAAUACUGGCUGUCGACAAGUAUUGAACCCGCAUCUGGUAAACUGCAUGUGAAUGUAAUGGAAAAGAUUCAGCGGCGGGCUACAGGGUCUCUCUCCUCCGCAGAGGCUUUUAAAGAAUAUGAAAUUCGAAAGAAUUGAAAUUGCGCUAGAAGGUAUUUGGUAUUCUUCAUACCAGAUACCUUCUAGCGCAAUUUCAAUUCCUUCGAAUUUCAUAUUCUUUAAGGAGAGAGCUACAAGGUUAAAGGACAAUGGCAACAAAAAUUUUUAUUGUCUAUAUUAAAAGUGUUGCUUCAUCUAACUAUAAAUAUGAUAUUAAUACCGUGUCAAACAUUUUUGUUCAGGAGUUAUAUGCAUGUUAUUUCACUGUUAAUUUAUAUAUCGUCGGCCAUCUUGGCUCGUAUUUGCGAAAAAUUAUCUUUUGGGUAAUAUGACCCGUAUGACGUAGAUGGCAGGGUAGAAUCAAAACAACAAUAUAUUUUUGUAUAGCGUGUAUCGAGAUUUAAUACGUUUUGUCAAAAAAUUAAUGCUUUUGAGUCAUUUUAAUGGAAAAUAUUCACGAGAAUCAAGUAGGAGAAGUAUUAUCAUACCAAUAUGAACCAGAAGUAGGAGAAAAACAAGCAAUAUUUUAAUUUUGGGAUAGGUAUAAAUAUAGGACCUCUACAUGCGUCUUGGACCUUUCGUUUGUGGUUUACUUAUAAUCAUUUAUUUAAUGGAUUUCUUUUAUUUUCAACGGUGUAUUGAAUGUAGACCAUGCCGUUAAAUAUUGUAUAUUAGGUGCACGCGUAUAAUGCGUGCCGCGUGCGCUGUUUUGUGUCUUUUUAUGUCAAUCCAUUGUAGAAAUAGUAUACCGCAAUUGAAGCUAGUUGUACUGUAAGUAACGUUAUUACUUGGCAACGCUUCCCUUUUCAAUUGUAUUCUAAACGUUUCAUUGCACUGUAUUCGUUUUAAAAACUUUGGCGACUGUCCUUGUUCAUACGCGUCUUCGGCAAAAUGAAGUGAGCAUAUAUUCUAGUCACAUCGUGAUUCGUGGCGACGAUGGUUUAAUGUUUUGCGCUUAUACAGAAUUCAAUCCACGCUUUUCUCCUAUAUUGCUGAUCUACCGAUUUGCCCUUUGGAAAAUUGAAGAAACAGAUUUCAUUUGUGUGUUGGCUGUCACUAUAUUAUAACCGUAGACGGCAAUACAUAUUUUGCAGUGCACCUUACGUUUUACAUGAACAAUCUAGAUAUUUUCGUUAUUCAAGCCGUACUCAGAGCUGACUAUAUAUAAUAUUUGCAAUUUCGGUGAUAUAUAUAUUCCCACACGUGAAAUUAGGGUAUUUUACAUAACAAUGAAAAUAUUGAUAAUAUUGGGAACUAUACACUACAGUACAUGCAUAUAUUUACCUAUAUAAAAUGAGAACCAAGUAAAACUACAUGUAAAAAUACAUCACAACAUAUAACCAGAUUAUAGUUAUUUUACACUUAUCUCUUGUCUGGGAAAAUCCCAUACUGACCUUGAAUGUCAAUUUACUAAUUUGCGCAAUGUCUAACUUGCGCGACACUACACAUUACAGAAGAGGCAAAUCUUGUUUGUGAGAUAACAGCUAUUUCACUAGCAUAGCAAUGUCGUUUGAAAGCCUGCUUAGUUUUAAAAACAAUUAAUAGUUGUGAAAUCUGAAGCUAGAAUUAUCCAUUGCAAUAUUGUUGCAGUUCCGCCAGUUAAUUGGUUGAAUUAUUUUUGUUAUAAUAAUAACAACACUUUGAAACACUAAAUACUCAGUAGAAUCUUUUAUUCCAAUGCAAAUUAUUUCUAUAUUUCUGCAACAGAGCAUGCACAUACAUAAAUGUAUAUGCUAUACAUAUAUAUUAUACAUACAUUUGGAAUAUAUGAUAUAUGUAAUUGGAACAGCAGAACUACCAUAACCGGAGUCAAUGUCUAAGCGCAUUUUACAACGCAAAUAUACGCUUACUGUCGAAAACACAAUCACAGACCAUUGGUAGUAAGCUGCUACACAUCAUUGAACUAUGAAUACACGUUGCAACGUAUCUGUAUUUUUUUUGUAAACAUUUUCUUCCAAAUCUCAACGUUCACAGUGUAACUUAUACUGUGGGAUUUGCGUUUACCCUGCCAUCUACGUCACGAAAUGUAUUCAUGCAUAAAUUAGCAUACGCGGAAUUUUCCCAAGAUGGCGGACGACUGUUAAAAUUUGUUAAACAUUUUCGCAAAUUAUCUGAACAACUAAAUGAAAUUAAGUAUUCCAUUAGUAAGCUUAAUAAAUACCGGCAGACAAUAAAAAAAUUUGUUGCCAUUGUCCUUUAAGUAUGUGGUCCAGAUCAACCUUACAAGGAAUGGAUUAAGAAGCUCAAGUGCAUGCCCGUCUAUCGAGUUGCGCAGAAAGCCAUGCCUUUAUUGUCGUGUACAACAGCUCUGUAAAAUUAUGUGUGGUCUGUGUGACAUUGACAGAUCCAAAUAUUUAGAUAUGGUAGGGAAAUCUCGUACGAGAUCCAAUCAUAACUACAACUAGUUAAGGCCGAAGCUUGCACGUACAAAUUAUUUUAAUCGACAUAUAUCGGUGGACUAGAACUCUUUACCUUUGGAUGUUGUGGAAGCCACUUCAUUAGCUACAGUACAGAAGUAGCGUGACAAUUUUAAACUAGGGAGGAGGGGAGGGGGAGCUUUGUUCCCCCAGUUAUAUAGUUAAAAAGGCUCUGAAUUAAACUCAGCAUAACUUCGUCUUGUUGACACAAGGAAAACGCGCGCGGUGAAAUUCACUACCUUAUCAUAGCAGUUCAGCCGUUUCCGGCGGUAUAGUAGACGUUUUCCUUCCCCCCUAUUUUCUCCUGUUAUUUUGGAAAGUCUCGUAAAGUGCAUUCGCUUUCCGUUUGACUGCCGCAGUGUUGGUAGCCUUCUCGGCAGCCCCCACCUCUGUGUUGGUAGCAUGCUCGGCAGCCCCCCCCCCACCGUAUUGGUAGCCUGCUCGGCAGCCCCCGCCACCAUGGCCAUGGGACUUCAGUGGCUCAGUCGUCAGACCAAGCGCCUUUCACCUCUGAGAUCGUGGGUUACUAUUCUCCGGCUACGGACUCGUGCGAAAAGAGUCCGUCAGUGCUCUGCCGAAAGUCGUGGGUUUUCUCCGCCUGCUCCGGUUUCCUCCCACAGGAAAGUCGACAGGGUAGGUAAGUGGGUUAGGACAAACAGUUAAGAAAGUAAUAUCACAACUGUCGCAAACACAAAAAAAUAUAGGGGUGAAUAGGUUUUCGGAUCGUCGGAUUUCACAGAAAAAAUUGUCCGGAUUUCGGAUCUGGCGAAUGUUUUACACGGAUUUCGGAUCUUAUUAAUACAGCAGAUUGCGGAUUUAUCUAAUAUUUUGGGUCGGAUCGCGGAUUUUGCUUCAAAUUUGGGCGGAUCGGCGGAUUUGUAUACCCCUAUUCACCCAACCCUUGAUGUAAAGCGCAUUUGGUCAUAUCCACAUGUAAAUUCGUGCGAAAGAAAUGCUAACGUAACUCAGGACCUUAUAAUAGGCAUACAUGAAGUACUUCCCUUAAUUGUCCUAGACACAUAAUGUGUCACACAUUAACUUAUCUUUGAUACAUGGAUUUUCCAUACAGAACGGCAUUGUUUGGUGUGUGAUCCAACCUCGUCCCCAGGGCCUAUUGAGGAAGGAGGCGAACCUUCGCCUCCUUCCUGAAAAGGCCCUGGGGACGAGGUUGUGUGUGAUCUACCUUAAUAUAUCGAUGGGAAAUGGCCACGAUUACGGAUAGCUCUGAGGCAUCAUCGAAACAAAUUAAGCCCGAAGACUUUGUGCAGUUGAUGAACAUAUUUGCUUCGGAAUUUAACAGUGAUAGCUUACAUGAUCGCGUCUUGAUUUUUGAAGUCGUUGAGCAAUCGGGGGAGGAAUCCGAGCCAGAAAGUGAAACUUCCGAACAAUCGAAAGAUUCGCAAGAUUCCAAAGGCAAAGCAGAGCCUGAAGCAGACACGUUUGAGAUAGAUACUAGCAACGGUAUGGUAUAGUGCAUAUUUAAUGUUUAUUCUUCCCCAAAGCGAACCAUAUUUUCGAAUAAUAUAUUUAGGAUUUCCUCCACCGAACCACAGAGUAAAUAGCAUACAGAUGUCUCACUUCAUAUUAAUUUCAGCGUAUUAAAGGGAUUUUUCCAGUCUGUCAUGUUCUUAGUAAGUGCCUUACAAGAGAGGCUGUCACCCCCUGGAAACAUAUUGGAAUUUAAUGUUUCAAGGGGGUGAAUGGCUCUCUUUAGGGCACUUGCUAAGAACAUGGCUGCUGGAUAUGUGCAGUAAAAACUACCUUACGUUUUUCUCACGAAGUGGGACCUCUGUAUGAUUAGUACUCUGUGACUGAACGGCGCUAGUGUUGCACCGACUGGAAAGUUUGGAAGUUGCGCGUCCGAGAUUACAAAAAUUUAAUAGUAAAUAGAUUGGGAACAUCAACACUGUGCACCCGAGAUCUCGGCUGCGUGUUGCAAACUUUCCAGACUUGGUGUUGCAGAUUCAAAACUGUUGUUUCCUAGGUAACGGUUGUCUUGUGACAUUAGUGUUAUAAUUUUAGUAAUUGUUAUGCAUAAUUGUUAGUGUUACCUAUGUAAUAGUGAUGAGUCGAUGGCUCUAGUCGAGUCGGGUCAAUGGCUCUAGUUGAGUCAAGUCAAUAGCGAACUUGAUUCGGGGAAUUUUUUAAGUUUGUUUUUAAUUUUAAUGAUAGUUAUUGUUGUGAACUUGCUUUAAAUUUAAAAAAAAAAAGAAAUAUUUCGUGUUCAUAAAUAAAUUCCAAUUUAUACAAACUUACAAAGGCAUAAAUUCAUCUAUUUAGUAAAAAUACUCGAAACAUACAUAAAUGAGUUUAUACAUUUGUACUGUUCUCCCUUUUUGAAAAUAACCGAACAGAGGUUAUUCCAUUCCAAAAAAACCGGAACCGAGAUAAAAUUUUUGGAACCGCACAGCUCUAAAUUCUCCACUGACUUUAUAUUUGAUAUAACUGUAUGCAUAUUACUUGCCUUGCAUGUUUCUACCCUGACUGCUUUGAUAUAACUGUAUGAAGAUUAUGACAGAUAUGUCUGACAGUGUAUUGAUAUUAAAGUGACUUAUUAAAUUAGACAUUGUCAGGCUCUCUGCAUGCAGCUAAGAACAUAUGGCAACUGCAUGAAACUGCAUAACAGCUGUAAUGGGUUUUGCAUGAGUCAAACCACUGUGUACGCUAUGUAUACUUGGUGUAUACUUGUAUAUGUUUACCCACCCCUUGGCUUGGUCAAUUUUUAUUCAACCCACCCAUUUCCACCCAUAAAAUUUUGUUUACCCACCCAUUUUCUCUUCGCCCCCCCCCCCCUGGCCAUAAAUAAUGACCGGUCCCUUAAUAUUCCAGGCUAAGUUUCCUGGUUAUUUUAACCUUAUGGUCUGGUUAAUUUAAACAGGACUUCCUGGUUAAACUGACCAGACAUGGCAAGAAAUGAGAAAGAGUGUACAUAUAUUGACAGGCAUGUUUACGUUGCAAACAUCUUGACUGUAAUAUAACGUAACACUAGAUUCGUUGUAGCUUGUACAGUAUUGACGGAGCUAUUGAUGUUUUAAAUUGAACAAUUGCCUCACAAUAUUGCCGCAAAUUUCCAAGGGCCUAUAUAUAUAUAUAUAUAUAUAUAUAUAUAUAUAUAUAUAUAUAUAUAUAUAUAUAUAUAUAUAUAUAUAUGAAAAUAUCAUAACUAAUGUCCCGAAAACCUUUCGCGAUAUUUUUUCUUCCCAUACGCCUACGUCUGUAUGAACGCACGUAUCCUAAAAGGUCCACAAUAGAUGUCCCAACCCCUUUAACCACCCAUUGGCUCAUAACCAUCUUAGGGUUUGUACUGGUUGAACUAUGAUCAUGUGUAUGGGAUAUACUAUACUACACAAUGAUACGAAGUUACAUUUUCCACCAAACGUCACUGUUUCUUUAGAAUCAGUGGCGUGCUCUGUGUCAACGACCUAGAUAUCUCCUCUUUUGUCACCUUUUCUUCUAAUCAUUCGUCUCGCACCCGUUCAAGCAAGGACAACUUGCUUCUAGUCAUUCCAUGCAAAACCUCUCUUAAGAAUUUUUUUUAAUCGAAUUGUCUUUCUAUGGAACCAGGGGCGUAGGAAGCAUUAAAAGGUUGAGGGAGCACUUUUGGAUAAUGAAAAUGGCACUUAAAAAGUGUUCCCGGAAAUGUUGGCGACGGGGGGGGGGGGAGGAAGAUAAUUUCGCAAUCAUCAUAUUGCAUGCUUAAUAUAAUACAUUUGCCCAAAUUUCGAAUUGCACCGUCAAUCAACGUUUUGACCACAUUUUUUAAAAAAAACAUAGACCAAAAGUUAAAUUUAUUUGUUUCAUGGACAUUUAUUUGUUGAAGGGCAGUUUUCUUAAGAAUUUGCAGGUUAGUUUCUGAACAACAUUUUUCACGAAGACAAAGAGCACUUUGCCACCGGAGAAAGGGCACUUUUUGUGUCUUCGAAAAACUUGGGGGGCCUAGGCCCCCUUUCACCACCCCCGUUUCCUACUCCCCUGUAUGGAACGAUCUCUCUCCAAUCAUUCGUAACUAUUCAUAUGUUUCAUCCUUUAAGCUCCAGCUCCAUAUUCACUACUCUUUUUCUGCUCUGUGUCAACGACCUAGAUAUCUCCUCUUUUGUCACCUUUCUAAUCGUUCGUCUCGUACCCGUUCAAGCAAGGACAACUUGCGUCUAGUUAAUCCGUGGAAAACCUCUCUUCUACGAAUUUUAACCGGAUUGUCUUUCUAUGGAACAAUCUCUCUCCAUUCAUUCGUAACAGUUCAUAUGUUUCAUCCUUUAAGCUCCAUAUUCACUACUCUUCUCAAUUAGACUCACCUUUCGAUAUUAACAGAGUGCGCACUGGGAAAACCUACUGCUCUAAAUACCGUUCUUUCAAUUUAAGCUAGCUGUUGCUCAUAAUCUAACAUAUUAUUUUUUAUAUGAUUAUGUAAAUAAUGUUCUAGUCCUUGUCUUUAAUGUAUGUCUACUUGUUGUUUUGUAUCAGGUUGGACUUCACAUGGGACUCGAUCAUGUCCUGUUGACCAUACCUUCAAUCUUUGUUAUAUAUUUUAUAGCACUUUUGUAUGAAUCUAAAGCUAAUAAAUAAGUAAAUAAACAUCGGCGCAAGAUUGUUUUACCGUUACGCGGUUUGCUGGCUGCAUGCGGUUUAACAUAAUGCCUUUUAUUACAGUACACGUCUCAAAAGACUUUAACUACAUGCAGUUAUACCACAAUAUAAUCUUGAACUGUUUUUGCCUGUGUAGGCAGUGCCAAUAAUAACAUGCAACCUUUCGUUGGUUGAGAUGCAACUACCUGAAAAAUAUAAGGAGAAUUUUGACGUUUCGCGCGAAGGCCUUCGCUCCAAACGUCGAAAUUCUCCUUAUAUUUUUCAGGUAGUUGCAUCCUUACCAACGAAAGCUUGUAGUUAAACCACAAUCCUACCAAUAAACGUUAAUUCUUUUCUUUAUAGUAUAUUUGCAGAACUCGUUCCAUUAAAAACACGAAUAGUCGCAACUUCAUUCUUUAAUAACCUCCGCAAGGAGGUUUUAUUUUCAUUUCUUUUGAAUUUUAUUCAGUCGUACACAACGUUUACAUUUCCGUCUGUUUUCAAAAGGACGAAGGUUAGGCUAUGUGUGCAUAAUGAUUCCAGUAAUUCUGCAAAUUAAAUAGUCCGUUGAAGCUGUGUCUGAGUUUUUUAUGUUAUUUAUGCUUUACCUCAUACAGGUGGUGAAAUAGAAUGUAAUUCAAACCAGAAAGAGAAAUCUUGCCAAGGCGAAACAAGUAAAGAUAAUGAAUCCAUAAGUGACGCUGGUAUGGAACCUUCGGGUAAAAUUGAUGGCAUUGUAAACGACGAUGAAAAGAAAUCAAUUGUACUGGACUCCCCUGCAAUACUUGGAGCGGAAGUUGCUGAACAAAAAUUACAAAAUAGAAGUGGAAACGAAACAGAAGUCAACAGGAGCAAAGAUCAUGACGUCGAUGGUGAAAAUAAAACUAAGUUGUUUGUUCAUAGUUCCUGGCUUGCCGUUCACAGCUCUUACUUCAGAGCCUUGUUUUACUCUGGUAUGAAGGAAACUCAUUCAAAUGAAGUGGUUAUGAAAAUUCAGCAGUCUGAAUUACAAGCUCAUUUAAUUUUAAUCGAAGCAAUGUACAAGCUGGAUGUAUUGGAUGAUAAAGAGUGCAGCCUCGUAGUUGACGUUCUUGCGUUAGCUGACAAAUACGAUGUCAAUCUAGUGUUUAAGAAGUGCAAAUAUGUUUUGAUUUCAACAUUUAUUUGCUUGGAAGAUUGUGAUUAUAUUCUGAAAAUUACCUCAGAUAUUCCAGAAUGUGGCGAUAUUUAUGAUGCAAUGGAGAAGUAUUUGGUAAAAGAAUUCAGCCCGCUUGACAAAACGUGGCUCUCAGCAGAGUUCCGUACACUGUCCAAAGAGUCAUUGAAAUUGAUUUUGGGCAGUGAUAAGUUAGUGGUACAGUCCGAAAACACGGUUUUUAAUGCACUAAUGGCGUGGAUUGAACGGAAUUUAGGAGCGAUUGACGGCGAGCAUUCUUUAUUGUCAUUGGUGCGAUUUGAACUGAUGUCUGUAGGUUUUAUGUAUGACAUCGUACGGCAUCAUACAACCGCCAAAAGAAUGAGUGGCUUCAACGAAUUCCUUCAGAAUGGUUUGGCUUAUCAUGCUUUCUCGCCGUCCAGAUCGGAUGAACUUGAGAUCAAGCCAGUGAAUCGAUGCACUUAUAGUAACAAAGAUCAGACGUUCUCUUUGGUUCUUGAUCAAGAUAAACAAAGAGAGCUUAUCGAACGCGGUAUGAUAUGGUCAAGUGUUUUUUGGUGUAAGGGGUACAUGUUGAGACUCAAGCUCCGGUAUGCGGAAACAACUUACAAGAGUUAUACUUUGUUUCUAUUCGUGCAAAAUUUGGAAAAGGGACAUGUUAAAAUCAGCUUUAGGGCAAGGUCAGAAUUGUUUGCAUCAAUUGUUAUGCAGUCUGCGAUAACCACAUACACGUGCUCAUCAAAGGGUUUUGGCCAGAGAGCGAUAAGCGACAUUGCACCAUCUAUAGAGCCAAAUACCAUCACACACACGAUAGACGUAUGGGUUGAUAUUAAAUAACUUUUAAAUUGUAUUUGUGUGAACAAUAUAUUCUUAUUAUUUGGACAAGAAGUAAGCCCCACAGAGCUUGCACAAUCGUAUAAAUUUCAGCUAACAGUGACGGUGCUGUACAAUCGUAAAUCAAUUUGCACAAUCGUAAAAUUCAACUAACAGUAACAGGGCUGUACAUAUGAUUUUUUACCUCCAGGGGAAC